UUCCAUCUGCGUUCUUUUACGGGAAGUAAUCAUAUGACAGGGAAAAAAAUCGGAUUAACUGGAAAACUUCAGCUGGAUUUCUGUGGAUGACGUCUUGACAUCUAAGGCUAAACAAAAAACAACAAACAAACAAACUAUAAGUGCAUCACAGAAGAUGAGGAACUAAUUAAGACUCACCACAGUUUGAUGUAGCCUAUAAACUGAAGAACUUCAUGUGGGAUGCACUUCCACCUGUUUUGAGGCUGUUAAACCAGACAGUGGAACACAUGAUUUUUACAAGAAACUUCUGAUGUAAAGAGCAGAUGACCAAAAGCUUGAUUUCACAGUGGAAGCAGGUUGUCUCUGACAUAAAGAGAUGAAACGAGAACGUUUUAAGCCUCCGGAACCAGAUGACCCUCUGUGCUGCUGUGGAGACAUCGACCAGCAAAGAGAUUACUGCUGCUGUGACUGUGAAGAACUCGAUGAUGCCUGUGAAAGGUUAGUCAGAGGAGAGCCAGACAAGCCAGACAUCUUCUCUCGUUUCAUCUCUUGUAUGGCUGAUCGUUUGGGUUUGCCAUGUUGUGCCAUAGGACCCCUUCGAUUGGAAAUCUCUGUCUUACCUCCCAUGGUAUUAAUUCCUGGCCUGUUGCGAGUAGCAGCAAUUAACUGUAUGUUGGGAGUUGUAGUCCUAACUGUCCUACCAGGACUGGUGCUUUGGUAUUACUAUGUGACUCACAGAAGGAAAAGACGCACAUUGUUUUUCCUUAGCUUGGCACUUUUCUCCCUUGCCUACAUGUACUACCUUUUCCUUACUGAGAUCGUUCCCAGAGGAGACGUCAGUAAUCUGCAGCUGGUUACUGUGACAACAGGCAUGAUGUUGACGCUUAUCUCCCUUAUGCGCACCAAACAAGGACCAGGCUUUGUCAAAUCCCAAUCAUUAGCUCAGGGAAUUAACAGUAUCUGUACAACCAAUCAGAGCACAAACAUACCUGGAGACUCCGCCCCCUGCAAAGGAAUCAGCCAGUCAAAUGGGGAAAAGGAAGGAAAGAAGAAGUUAUGCCCUGUGUGCCUACAGGUGCGCCCACCAAGGGCAGGGCACUGCAGGAUCUGUGGGGCAUGUGUCCUUCGAAUGGACCACCACUGUGUUUGGAUAAACAGCUGUGUAGGUCAAGCCAAUCACAGGCAGUUCAUUUUGAUGCUCCUUCUUUUCCUGGUGACAUCAUUCUACGGGAUCAGUUUGGUGUUACGGAGUGUAUGUCCACGACAGAGUCUAUUCACAGCCAUGUUAUACUGCCCUGGAGUCUAUAACCAAUACAGCACAGCGCUGUGCUUUACAUGUGUGUGGUACAGCGUUAUCAUAACAGGCGGUCUGCUCCACCUGUUCAUCCUUCAGAUCAUCAAUGUCAGUUACAAUGUAACAGAACGCGAAGCUCAGAUUGCUUUGCGCAACAAAACUGGCAGACGGCACUUCUGUGGCCUGGUUGUGGAGACUGGCAUGUAUUCACAAGGCUUCCUCCAGAACUGGAUUCAGUUCCUCACAAUGAACACGGAUGAGAACGGUUCCCCUUUCACCUUCACAGUCAUGGUAUGA